AUGGACAAAGACUGCGAUAUGGUAUAUAAAAACAUCUCUGACAUAUACAAAUCUGAAGAAUUUAAGACCUACGACAACUUUGUUUCGUUAGUUGCAAAAUGUGUAUGGCAGAUAAGAGAUAAAGAUAAAAGAGGUAAAGUAUGGAACGAACAGAUAAAACCAGCAACUUUUGAGUUAAAGAAAACCAUUGACGCCUUAGUUGUUCUAGCUGGUUUUAUUUCAAUGUACAAUGCUAAAAUGAACCCACAAUGUUCAAAAUGUAAAGCAGCAAUGAGGAAAUAUAACUACUCCGUCAAAGAGAUAGAACGUAUGCGAAACGACUAUGCUGACUUAAAGAAAGAAGCAGAGAAACCAGCAGAAGAUAAAAUGGACAUGUUGACAUUUCUGAACAAAAACUAUCCAACAGCUGACGAUUUCCUUCUUUCAGAUGUCAAGAAGAAAUAUAAAGAAACAUUCGGCAUUGUGAAAACUUUUGACAUACUGACAGAAGAAAUAGAAGCUACAAAACUGUUUAGAGUCAUGAACCAUCGCAACAUAUACCAUGUAAAACGCUUGUAA